CUGGAAAAACCGAGUGCUAAGCGAAACAGCAUUAAGUGAAAGCCAUUUCCCCAUAGGAUUUAAUGUAAAUAAAUAUAAUUGGUUCCGCACCAACUGCUGGCCCAGACCCCAUGUAGUGGGACUUCAGCCGGCAUGGGGGAAGCUGUGGGGCUACCCUCCCACCGGUGCCUGUUCCCCGCACACCCAGCAGGGGCUCCCUCCAGAACACCCAACACUGGGACUGUCUGCUACCGCCAGAUUGCUGCAGGUUCAGGACGGUGUCCAUGCCCUGCGGGUGAGUGCGUGACUGGAAUGAAUGGGGCACGGGCUGCAGCCCAGGGGCAGCAGGGGCUCCGCAGGUUCAGCCCCACUCGGCCCUCAUGUCCCCUGCUCACCUGCCCCUUCUUGCUGCUACCGCCACUCCUCCCCACCUGCCUGCUGGCUGCGGGCUCCUGCCAUGCUCCUGCCACCCUGCCCUGGGCCCCAGCCUGGGCUCUGCAGUCAUGCCACCUGCCCCCCUUGCCCUCUCACCACUGCCGCUCCUCGCUGCCGACUCCAGUGCCGCAUGCAGGAGCAAACCUGCUCUCCUGCUGCCCCGCUGUGGGCACCCAUUGGCUGUCACUCACCUCUUCACUCACUGCCGCUGCUGCCACUACUUCUCCCCAGCCCUGCACUGAGCGUUAUAACAAAAUUCUCUGAGCACUAAAUGAAACCAGCCUCUCCACUUCUGCUUUUUGCCAACCGUCGGGAUGUUAGACUGGUGGAUGCUGGAGGAACAAAGCUGGAGUCUACAAUUGUAGUCAGUGGCUUAGAGGAUGCUGCUGCAGUUGACUUUCAGUACUCACAAGGCAUUGUCUUCUGGACAGAUGUGAGUGAAGAAGCCAUCAAGCAAACCUACAUUAACCAAACUGGAAAUGUGGUGCAGAACGUUAUUAUUUCUGGUCUGGUUUCCCCGGAUGGCCUGGCAUGUGAUUGGAUUGGGAGAAAACUGUACUGGACAGACUCAGAAACCAAUAGGAUAGAGGUAGCUAAUCUCAACGGUACAUCAAGGAAAGUUCUCUUCUGGCAAGACCUGGACCAGCCCAGAGCAAUAGCUUUGGAUCCAGCACAUGGGUAUAUGUAUUGGACAGACUGGGGUGAAACACCCAGAAUAGAACGGGCAGGAAUGGAUAGCAGCACACGGAAAAUAAUUGUUGAUUCAGACAUUUAUUGGCCUAAUGGACUCACGAUAGAUCUUGAGGAGCAGAAACUGUACUGGGCUGAUGCAAAGCUGAGUUUCAUUCAUAGAGCAAAUCUGGAUGGUUCCUUUAGGCAAAAGGUUGUUGAAGGUAGUCUCACUCAUCCGUUUGCGCUGACCUUGUCUGGGGACACGCUGUAUUGGACAGAUUGGCAGACUCGCUCCAUUCAUGCCUGUAACAAAAGGACUGGAGAAAAAAGGAGAGAAAUAUUGAGUGCACUUUACUCCCCAAUGGACAUCCAGGUCUUGAGUCCAGAGCGACAGCCAUACUUUCAUACUCCCUGUGAAGAAAAAAAUGGCGGCUGCUCCCACCUGUGCCUUCUGUCUCCCAGAGACCCCUUCUACAGUUGUGCCUGUCCCACUGGAGUGCAGCUGGAACAUGAUGGCAAGACUUGUAAAGCAGGUGCUGAGGAAGUCUUAUUGCUUGCAAGAAGGACAGAUUUGCGAAGAAUCUCCUUGGACAUGCCAGAUUUCACUGAUAUCAUUCUACAAAUAGAUAAUAUCAGGCAUGCAAUUGCAAUAGAUUACGAUCCUGUUGAAGGAUAUAUAUAUUGGACUGAUGACGAUGUCAGGGCGAUUCGUCGGGCCUACCUCGAUGGCUCUGGAGCACAGACCCUAGUGACCACAGAAAUCAACCACCCUGAUGGCAUAGCAGUGGAUUGGGUGGCUAGGAACCUGUAUUGGACUGACACAGGAACAGAUCGCAUUGAAGUGACUCGAUUGAAUGGGACAUCCAGAAAGAUCCUGAUAUCUGAAAAUCUAGAUGAACCCAGGGCAAUAGUGCUGAAUCCUGUGAUGGGCUACAUGUACUGGACAGACUGGGGUGAAAGUCCAAAGAUUGAGUGCGCUUAUCUGGAUGGCUCAGAGAGGAGGGUCCUGGUAAACACUUCCCUAGGCUGGCCCAAUGGCUUGGCACUGGAUCUUGAAGAAGACAAACUCUACUGGGGAGAUGCAAAAACGGACAAAAUUGAGGUCAUAAAUGUUGACGGAACAAUGAGGAAGACCCUCCUAGAAGAUAAACUGCCACAUAUAUUUGGGUUUACGCUGCUGGGGGACUACAUCUAUUGGACAGACUGGCAGAGGCGAAGCAUUGAAAGAGUUCACAAAACAAGGGCAAGCAGGGAUAUCAUAAUAGACCAGUUGCCAGACCUAAUGGGUCUCAAAGCAGCAAGUGUCACCAAAGUGUUUGGAACCAACCCAUGUGCUGAGAAUAAUGGCGGGUGCAGCCACCUGUGUUUCUUCACACCUCAGGAGACCAGAUGUGCUUGUCCCAUAGGACUGGAGUUGCUGAGUGACAUGAAGACCUGUAUCAUCCCUGAAGCCUUCCUGGUUUUCACUAGCAGAGCAGCAAUCCAUAGGAUUUCCCUUGAAACCAACAAUAAUGAUGUAGCUAUUCCUCUUACCGGAGUCAAGGAGGCAUCCGCUUUGGAUUUUGAUGUGUCAGAUAACAGAAUCUACUGGACAGAUAUUAGUUUGAAGACCAUAAGCCGAGCUUUCAUGAAUGGGAGCUCUGUGGAGCACGUCAUUGAGUUUGGGUUAGAUUACCCUGAGGGAAUGGCUGUGGACUGGAUGGGAAAGAACCUUUACUGGGCAGAUACUGGAACUAACCGAAUUGAAGUUGCACGCCUGGAUGGACAAUACAGACAGGUUCUUGUGUGGAAGGAUUUAGAUAACCCAAGGUCUUUAGCUCUUGAUCCUACUAAAGGGUACAUGUACUGGACUGAAUGGGGAGGUAAACCAAGGAUUGUUCGGGCAUAUAUGGACGGAACAAACAGCAUCACUUUGGUGGACAAAGUGGGACGUGCCAAUGACCUAACUAUUGACUAUGCAGACCAAAGGCUAUAUUGGACAGACUUGGACACAAGCAUGAUUGAGUCAUCAAACAUGUUAGGUCAAGAAAGGGAAAUAAUAGCAGAUGAUCUGCCUCAUCCAUUUGGAUUAACCCAAUACAGUGAUUACAUCUACUGGACAGACUGGAACCUUCAUAGUAUAGAAAGAGCCGACAAGACAAAUGGGAAGAACCGAACACUAAUUCAGGGCCACCUGGAUUUUGUGAUGGAUAUAUUGGUCUUCCAUUCAUCACGCCAGGAUGGCUUAAAUGACUGUGUGCAAAAUAACGGACACUGUGGUCAUUUGUGCCUUGCCAUACCCAAUGGGUACAGAUGUGGCUGUGCUGCUCAUUAUACCUUGGACCCCAACAGCAGGGAUUGCAGGUCACCCAGCAGCUUCUUACUGUUCAGCCAAAAGUCUGCAAUCAGUCGGAUGAUCCCAGAUGACCAGCAAAGUCCAGAUAUCAUCCUCCCUAUGCAUGGGCUAAGAAAUGUCAAAGCCAUUGAUUAUGAUCCCUUAGACAAACUGAUUUAUUGGGUGGAUGGACGUCAAAACAUAAUUAAAAGAGCAAAAGAUGAUGGUACCCAGCCCUUCACUGUUAUGAGCACUCCAAACCAAAGCCAGAAUCCAGAGAAGCAACCACAUGACCUGAGCAUCGAUAUUUAUAGUCACACCUUAUAUUGGACCUGCGAGGCCACAAAUUCAGUCAAUGUCCACAGGCUGAAUGGUGAGGCAAUUGGAAUGGUGUUACGAGGAGAUCAUGACAAGCCAAGAGCCAUAGUAGUUAAUGCAGAGCGAGGGUACAUGUACUUCACUAACAUGCAAGAACGAGCCCCGAAGAUCGAGCGUGCAGCCCUGGAUGGCACAGAGAGGGAAGUGCUCUUUACUACUGGGCUGAUCCGACCUGUUGCACUAGUAAUUGACAACAAGCUUGGGAAACUCUUCUGGGUGGAUGCAGAUCUCAAACGCAUCGAAAGCUGCGAUUUGUCAGGAGCGAACCGUGUGACCCUGGAGGACUCCAACAUCCUGCAGCCAAUGGGCCUGACUGUUUUGGGGAAUCACUUGUACUGGAUUGAUCGCCAGCAGCAGAUGAUUGAGAGAGUUGAGAAAACAAAUGGAUCCAGGAGGACGCGGAUCCAAGGUCGAAUUGCUCACCUGACAGGCAUUCAUGCUGUGGAAGAGCUCGAUAUGGAAGAAUUUUCCGCACACCCCUGCUCCCGUGACAAUGGUGGGUGUUCACACAUCUGCAUUGCAAAAGGGGAUGGAACUCCAAGAUGCUCGUGCCCAGUGCACCUCGUACUUCUACAGAACCUCUUAACAUGUGGAGAACCUCCAACUUGUUCCCCAGAUCAGUUUACCUGUGCAACUGGUGAGAUUGACUGUAUCCCAAUGGCAUGGCGGUGUGAUGGCUUUCCAGAAUGUGAUGAUCAGAGUGAUGAAGAUAGCUGUCCCAUCUGCUCCGCAGCCCAGUUUCAGUGUGAGAAAGGGCAGUGCAUCGAUGCCCGCUUGCGAUGUAAUGGAGAAAUUGACUGCCAAGAUAAAUCCGAUGAGGCAGAUUGCGAUACAAUCUGUCUUCCAAAUCAGUUUCGAUGUGCCAGCGGUCAGUGCAUCCUCAGAAAACAGCAGUGUGACUCCUUUCCAGAUUGCAUUGAUGGUUCUGAUGAGCUCAUGUGUGAAAAAAAUAAGCCACCUGCAGACGAGCCUCAGCCUCACAGUAGUGCUAUUGGACCUGUGAUUGGUAUCAUACUGUCCCUUUUUGUCAUGGGAGGAAUGUAUUUCGUUUGCCAGAGAGUAGUAUGUCAGCGCUAUGCUGGACCCAAUGGACCUUUUCCACAUGAAUAUGUCAGCGGUACCCCCCACGUCCCUCUUAAUUUUAUAGCUCCAGGGAGUUCUCAGCAUGGCACUUUUACUGGUAAGGACGGUAUCUCUUGUGGCAAGUCUAUGAUUAGCUCCAUGAGCCUCAUGGGAGGAAGUAGCGGUGCCCCUCUUUAUGACCGAAACCAUGUUACUGGAGCCUCUUCUAGUAGUUCAUCGAGCACGAAAGCCACUUUCUACCCACAGAUUUUGAACCCACCUCCUUCCCCGGCCACCGAUCGCUCCUUAUAUAACACAGAGAUGUUCUAUUCCUCAAACAUUCCUUCGACGACAAGAUCUUACAGGCCCUACCUUAUACGAGGGAUAGCUCCACCCACAACACCAUGCAGCACAGAUGUGUGCGACAGUGACUACACCACAAGCCGGUGGAAGAACAACAAGUACUACAUAGACCUAAACUCAGACUCGGACCCUUACCCCCCUCCCCCAACGCCUCGCAGUCAGUACAUGUCGGCAGAAGAAAGUUGCCCACCAUCUCCUGCCACGGAGCGAAGCUACUUUCACCUCUACCCCCCUCCACCAUCUCCUUGUACAGACUCCUCAUGACCUCAACAGAAGGAACUUGUCUUUUUCUGUAAAUAUUUUUAAAUAUGAACAAAGAUUUAAAAAUAUAUAUUUUAUGAUUUUAAAAAAGAAAUAGGGGUGGGAGUUUUAAGAAAAAAAGAA